AUGCAAUUCCCACCAGAGGUCGCCGACCAGAUCACCACCUACCUCUACAGCACUGUCCCCCUUUGCCAUGGGUUCGCGUUGGGUGAAUACAACGGCGAUCGCAGAGACCAGUGGACCGAUUUCAUUUCCUGCGACUACCAGCCGGUAGCCAAGGUGCCCAAGGGGCCUGAUGACAAGCGUCGCGGUCAGACCCGCCGCAGGCGCAGCCCAUCUAGCGCCUUCAUAGGCAACGAGAUCGACUUCCAAUCUCUGCUGAAUCUGCGCCUGGUGUCCCGCGCUUGGCAUGCCAGUGCCAGCAACACACUGGCAAAGCUGAUGGACUGGAGCCUGUGCUUCGAGUCCGAGGUGAGCUGGGUGAAAGCAGCUGCGUGCUUUCCGCCGCUGAAUGCCUCGUUCUCGCAUUAUGUUCGAAGCCUCAACAUCAAGGAGGUGGCACACGUUCGGAGCUUCCUUCGCGAGCACCACUAUGAUCCGUCAGCGUUCGAGGGCCAGGACGUCACGAGAGAGCACAUGCUUCUCAAUAACUACAGGGAGCUAGCCCAGAACAUCGAUACAGAUACGCACGGUAUUGUUGCAGACGACAAUUCGCCUCUUCGCUACGACAAGAGAGCGGAAAAUGUCAUGCUCCGUCGAAUAUUUGACAGCCUUGUCCGUCUUGAAAGGUUCAGCAUCUCCUUUCGCGGCGCUUUGUGCGAUGCCGACUAUGGUCAUAAUGCAGAAUGCUACGACCUAGAAGCCCUUGAUGACGUCAUGGCAAGCGUUGCACACGGCUUGAGAAGUCCCGCCUUCCAACACCUCGUCGACUUGCGGCUGCAAGUCCCGUGCACCCACGACGUGGCCGUCCUGGCUGAGGCAAUGUCGCAGGAAGCCAGAGACCGGCUGAAACACCUGCGACUCAAGAUCGUGGAUGCUACCGGCCCGAGCGGCGAUAGGUCCUACUUACACGAGUGGGAACAACAGUACAUCACUAAUAAUCACAGCUACCAGGACGGGGCUCUCACGAUGGCGGAUAACUGUGUAUAUACGCCGAGCAAUCUGCAGACCAAGUACCCGAACCGCGAGCACCAGGGUGGUCUCUGGGCCCUUGUGCGCUCGUGCCACAACCUGGAGUCGCUAGGCAUCGAGUCGACGCAUUACCUCAGCCUUGACCGCCUGGACUGGAAGAAAGGACCGGGAUCCAAGGGCCUGAAGGCUCUCGCGCUGAGGCGCGUGUGGACUGAUAUCGACUCUAUCAUGAAGCUGCUGUCCCUGGACACAGGUUCCGACUUUUCGCAAUCCUCGAUCAGACGUCUUGACUUCAGCGAUGUCAAGGUCUACAAGGAUGGGGGAACGUGGAGCACGCUAUUCGAAGCCCUGGUGGAGAAUGGUCCGGAUCUGGAGUGGUUCCCCAUGAGUAACCUUUCGUACUUCAGCACCCAUCAUGACGAUGACCGUGAAAAGAUGGGCGAUCUGGUUGGCGCGUUGAUCAGAAAAGCUGGUGGGCAGAGGGGUUACCCAUUCGAACACUGUAACUACGACGCGGACGAUUGA